AUGUACAACACGCUAUUUAACUACGAUACUACCCUUUUUGCAGACUCUGUAGAAGUAAUACCGAAUAGUUACGAUGGAUUCUUUGUUUCUGGAACGUAUCAACUCGAUGAAGCUACGAGAAAGCGAGAUGGCUGUGUUGUACUUCACCAACUCGAAGGAGACAACAAUCAUGUCCACACAUUUGAAAAACGGUCGUUAUCGGGAAUUCUCGAUAUGAAAUUCAAUCCGCAGUGCGUAGGCCAAAAACACACUCUAGCGCUCGCCCUCUCCGAUGGCUACCUCUCCCUUCUUCCUCUUGAUCUUUCAAACCCAUCGAACACCGUAUGGGGCAGAGAGGAGCGUCUCCUCAUCAAUGAUCCCUCCACAAUCUGCCUCAGCGUGGACUGGAGCAAUCAGCUCAACCCCAGCGACACUCCUCUCCUCGCCGUUUCUCUCUCGAACGGCGAGGUGGCUCUCUGCGCGGUGACCAACAGCGGUCUCCAGCUGCAAUCCAAGUGGUUCGGCCACACGCUUCCCUACACGACCGUCCCCGCGGAAGUCUGGAUCGCCUCUUUCGACCCCUCCAACAGCCAUCUCGUGUUCUCUGGCGGCGAUGAUGGUCUGCUAAAACAGUGGGAUUCCCGCGUUUUUCCCGCGUCGAAUACCCCGGUUUCGAUAACCGCGGGGUUCGAGGCCGGUGUGACUUCUAUUUGUUGGAACAAACACGAUGCAGAGUACUUGACGGUGGGGAGUUACGACGGACACAUUCGAAUGUUCGAUCGAAGACAGAUGAAACGCGCCGUGAGCGAUUUCGAUGUGGAGAACAACGCUGGAAUUUGGAGAAUAAAAUAUAAACACAAUGCGAACUUUUAUUUGGGAGAAAACGAGCAAGGAAACGAGACGACGAAGAAUGAGUUUUUGGUGGCUGCGAUGCGAGCAGGGUUCUGUGUGAUGGAGUAUGAUGAAAACAGACAGAUUUCUGCGAAGGUGAGGUAUUUGGAGCAAGGAACGGAGUCUUUGGCGUAUGGAGUGGACUACAUCAACAAGAAGGGCUGCGAUUUGGGAAAGCGCGAGGGUUUUGUGGGCAGCUGCAGUUUUUAUAAUCAUCUGAUGCACGUUUGGGAUUAUUCCUAUUGA